GUGAACGAUAUAAUGAAGUUUUGUCCGCCACCCACCAGCUAGCAACGACAGUACAGGCAGGACCUUAGAGACAAUCGCCUCGCGGGGAGCUCCAAAAAGGGAUAUCGCAGCGGCAACUGGCUCCAAUCAUCCGACCGACCGCUCAGCCAUGGUCAAACCAGACGGCUCCAUCAACCUCGCCGUCUUUGGCUGCGGUGACUUUACCGAGUUCGUUCUCUACAAAUACAUGAACGUAGGUGUGUCCCUCUCGACUCUAUCAGGAUACCGCUCAUCGCUUAAGGACUACUACACCACGCAGAUCGUGGCUCUUCCGGCUGGUUUCACCACUAAUGCUACUGCCAUCUACUCCAAGGGAUUCGGCGUCUUUGUGCAAGCGAGAUUCAGGCCGGCGCAAUCAAACCAAGCAGCAACUCAGGCACCACCAAUAUCAAUAACUAUGCAAGACGAGUUUGACGAAACUUGACGGGGGCUUCACCCAGCUGUUUCUCAUAUUGUCUUGGAACUUGAUGUGCCGUUCAAAUCGACGUCAACGCUGCGGAUCGACCAUUUGUCCGACGAGAGAGAUGCACUUGGAGUUACAUUCUUCAAGUCCAAGACGGAUCAGGGCGGCACAAAGCGAUGCCAUCCAAAGCACGUGUACGCCAACCCUAUGCAGCCUGAGACGUGUUGUAUCCUCGCCCUGGCCAUCUAUCUUGCCUGCAGCCCAGCAAUCGAUUCAGGAAAAUUUCUUUCCCGGGGCAUGGCAGUGACCGCUUCGACCGCAGUCUGACUCAGCUUGUGGGCGUUGCACUCCCUGCCGCGUCUAAAUAUGUCGUUACGCAUUCACUCAGAAAGGGUGCUGCAACGUUUGCCAUCGGUGGAAGUACGUCCGGGCCCUCUAUCGUUAAUGUGUGCAUCCGGUGCGGGUGGUCCAUCGGCAGCGGCGUUAAACGCUACGCGCAUUACGAUGGUGCCGGAGAUUAUUACGUGGGCCCAGUAGUGGCAAGACUUCCACUUAGAAGUGGUGACUUUGCCGUUUUGUAACUUAAUUUUGUACGUGCA